GUUUCGAACGCAUUGAUAACAUGCAAGACCGUUGUAGGCAAACAGCGAGGUAACUGCGAGCGAAUGGUGCACAAGCACACCAUUUGUUUUCUCCUCUCUGCUGAUUGUAUUCGUGGUAGUGGCAUAGUCGGGGUCUUCAGCAACGACAUCUCGAUAAGCGCGGGUGUGCGCGUUUGGCGUGGAAACAGGUGAGCAAACUUAUGUCCGAUAAAAAUCGUACACUUUACUUGCUGUUGAACCUGCGACCAAUAAGGACUUGCUCGACACGAUCGACAUAAGCCAACCGCUUUUGAAGAAUGGCAACAAACUGGGUUCCGAUUAGCGUGCACGGGCCUCAUCCACCGCACAUGGUUCCCGGUGGUACGGAUAGUGAUGGUUGUCAGAUAUUUGUUGGUCGUGCACAUCACGCCGGUGAUUUGCUACCGGCCAAGGUGAUCCCGGACAAGAAUGCUGCAUACGUACCGUAUGGUGGGCAAGAGACGUUCGUUGACCAAGUAGAGGUGCUCGUGCACAAGCAGCUCAUCUGGGAUGUUGCAUCGUCCGGUCAGGUACCGUUGGGUGCCAUUAUCGGUGGUCAUACCAGCGACGGAGAAACGCUUUAUGUUGGACGUACCUACCACGAGGGUUCGCACACCGUCGGUAAGGUGCAGUGCUCUCAUAACUGCAUCUACAUUCCGUAUGGAGGUGCCGAAGUGUCCCUCCCAACAUACGAAGUCUUGUGCGAGCGAUAAUAAGCAACCAUAUCGUGAUUGAUUCAUAGCCAUUCCGGGGGUGAAGGAAAAUAAAGAAAAAAAAUCAAAAGAUUUCAA